UAUAAUAUAUAUAAUUAUAUAGAUCUAUAUAUAUAUAUACUAUAGUUAAUAUAGUAAAAUACUUAUUAAUUUUAAAAUGUCAGUAAAUAGAUCUAGAUCCUCUCACUCUCUGUAUAACAAUGCUAUUUUCGGGACUCCAACUGAACCAUUAUUCAACAAUGAAGAAAAUGGUAUAUGUCCAGAAAUUCUUCAAGACUGGCUUGAUAACAUGGCGUUAAUGAAUGCAAGAGAUAUUGAAACUGCAACAGUAACACAGAAUAUUUUCUCCCAUGGUAGCUGGUCAGAGUGUGUGUUUCUGAUGUGUGACAGGUUUGAGCUCCCUUGUCAAGCUAAAUAUGCAGCACUGGAAAUAUUUGACAGAUUUAUGUUGAAACAUUUACAAGAUUUGUAUAGCCAUGUACAAAACACCAAAAGCGUCAGAAAGAAGAGUGACUGGGAGUGCAUUUUGGAGAGAGUAAAAAACCAAGCUUUUCUCCGCAUCCUGUCUUGUUGUCAAAUAGCUAGCAAACUCAACUCACACUAUAAGGUGAUCACAGUGAAAAAAGCUAAGCGUUGCCUCCAAGAUGCUGGGUACAGUUAUUCCUGCGAAAGUAUUCUACAAUCUGAAAUGAGAGUUCUCAAAACAUUGUACUACACUAUUCCAAAGACCAGUUGCUUAGACUAUAUUGAAAUUCUGUUAGAAUUGUUAGGCCAGAAUUUGGGAAAAGAUACAUUAGACCUCAAAGUUUACCAUGAUACAGCCAUUAAGAUUUUAACUUUUGUCUGCUUACAUAGACACAGCAUUUAUGAUAGGCUGUAUGUUAUAACUGCUGCCAUUGGGGCAGCAGCACUGGCCUCUUCCCAGGAACAAAGAUUGAAACUGGCUGAAGUUAAAAUGGACAAAAUGUUGCUGUCUGCAACUGUUGUGGUUGCUGCUGUUCAUUUAAAUGAUGACAGACUUACUGAAGAGGUUAUGAUUCAACUCAACAAAAUCAAUGGGGUUCCUAUUCAAGAUUUGCAGGACUUCAUGAAAGUCAUCCUGGAAAUGAUACAGCUGAAGAUUACUUCCUUCAAAAAAUGGAACACUAAGAUGUAAUGUGUUUCUUAGGAAUAGUAAAUUGUAAUGAUAAUAGAACUAGGUGAUAGGCAUUAUUUUACUUGAAGUCAAUGACAACCAUAUGAUAAGCUCUAGAAAAUUUACCACAUGAUAAGCAUUGGAAAAUUUACUUUAAUUCAAUGACUUAUCACCUAACAUUAUAACCUUUUUCAAAGGCUUUCUAUAAAAGAUUGCAUCUUUUGAAGGAAUUAUUUUGUUUAGUUCAAUGAAGAUGUUUUAUCAAGAGUUUUUAGCAUCCAAUUAAAAAAAAAAGAGUAUUGAUAUCUACUUGUUAAUCAAUCUUUCAGCUUUUUUAAAAUUGCUUUUAUGUAGAAUAUUUGUCAUGCUUAUAACAUGCUUAAAGAAUAAACACAAAAUUAUAUUGUUUUUUUUUGUUAGAAAAAAUAAAUAGUAUGUUACUUUUUUUCCUUUUUAAAUGGUGUUGCUUUUGUGUAGAUAUCUUUUAUGCUUAUAACAUGUUCAAAGAAAAAAACAACAAAUUAUGGUGGUUGUUUUUUGUUAGAUAUCCAUAAUUAGCAUGUUAUUUCUUUUCAUUUUGUAUGGUAGGUUAAAAAAACAAAGCAAGUGAAAGCUAAUUAGCAAAUAACAAAAACUUUAAUCUCCAACUUCUAAUUUGAUUUUCAAAACAUCUUUGUCAUGUUUAGUAUUAAUCAUUGAUCAUAAUUGUGUUUCAUUUAGCUGAGUUUUUUUUUUAACAUCAGCAUUUUCCUAUUACUAUUGUUUUGACAGAAAACUAAAAAUGAUUUGGUUCUAUUUUGACACAAAUUUUACUGUCUAGAAUUAGGUUUAUUCCCUAUUUUUAAGCCUUUGAUAAACUUAGAUCAAUCACUGUCUUUACAUUUAAUAUUGACUCUGUUUGAUUACCUUUACUCUAAUUACUUUUAAUAACACCUAUAACCCAAGAUAACCAUUAUUCAUGAACCUGUGAUAACCUAAAAUCACAAACUAGUGAUUAAGGUAUUUUAUUUACAUUGUAUUAUCUUACAAUACUGCUAUACAUAUAUUUCACAUCACUAGUAUUUUACUAUGAUGGUUAUCUAUAGUCUGUUGGUUUUCUCUAAUACAAAUAAGCAUAUGAUGUGAUAGUUUCUGUAUGAUAGUAAUAAUUAUUACUCUAGAUGUGUAUGUGUACUGGUAUAUUUAGCUUUUCAGUUUACAUGGUAAAAAAAAAUGUUGUGCAUUAAACAAUUUCUUUCAAAAUAAAGACAGCAAU